CUGUUCCCAAGCUUCUAAAGUGUCCUCUCUCUCUCUCUCUCUCGCCCUUAAUUAAUUAAGAAUGAGCGAAAUGUCUGCUGAUCAAAUUUCAUCCUCAACCUCAACCAUUGAACGUCGUUCUGCUGGGUAUCAUCCCAGUGUUUGGGGGGACUAUUUCCUCAAAUGUCCUUCUCAGUCAGAGAGGACAAUCGACGAAAGAGCAGAGCAACAUAUAGAGAAACUCAAGAUGGAGGUGAAGAGGAUGCUAACUGAUGCCGAUGAUGAUUUCCAUAAGCCACUGAACAAGCUAAAUCUGAUUGAUCAGAUCCAGUGCCUAGGAAUCGGCUAUCUGUUCGAUAGAGAGAUUGCUGAAGUUCUUGAGCGAAUUCAUGGUCGGUACUUCGUCAACUGUGACCAUGUAGACUACGCUCGUGACCUUUGUACCACUGCUCUCAUGUUCCGCUUACUUCGUCAGCAGGGCUACAGGAUUUCAUGUGAUAUCUUUGAGAAGUUCAAGGACAACAAAGGGGAAUUCAGCGAAUCGCUUGUCGAAGAUGUGAGAGGACUGCUGAACUUAUAUGAAGCUAGCCACUUUAGGGUUCACGGAGAGGACAUCCUUGAAGAAGCCCUAAGUUUCACCGUUCAGCAUCUCAAAUCAGCUGUGGAACACGAUGACCCGAAUCUAAGCCCUACUCUUUUAGCUGAAGUAAAACGCGCAUUAGAGCACUGUCUACGGAAGGGAUUGGUAAGACUAAACGCAUGGCAUUAUAUCAAACUCUAUGAAGACGAUGCUUCUCACAAUGAAGUGCUCUUGGAGUUGGCGAAGUUGGAUUUCAACUUGUUGCAGAAGUUUCACCGAAAGGAGCUCUGUGAAAUCACAAGGUGGUGGAAGGAUCGUCUAGAUGUCGAGAGGAACUUUCCAUUCGCAAGAGAUAGAAUUACAGAGUUGUAUUUCUGGAUCUUGGGAGUGUAUUUUCAGCCAGAGUUUUCACUAGCGAGGAUGAUGCUCACCAAAGUCAUUGCCCUGACUUCGAUUUUGGAUGAUAUCUAUGAUCUGUAUGGGACACCUGAAGAGCUGCAACUUUUAACCAAUGCAAUAGACAGGUGGGACAUUGGAGCAGUCGAUGAGCUCCCACAGUACAUGCAGAUUUUCUACAAGACACUACUAGACACUUACUGUGAAUUUGAGAAAAACUUAGCUGAACAGAAUAGAGCUUACCGCCUCUCCUAUGCAAAAGAAGCUAUGAAAUAUCAAGCGAGGAUCUACUUCGAAGAGUUAAAUUGGUUCCAUCAAGACUACACACCGACACUGGAAGAGUACAUGUCCAUUGCACUAGAAACGACUGCCUACAUGAUGCUCGCGACCACAUCUUUCCUAGGAAUGGGAGAUGUCGUCUCCGAGGAUGCCUUUGAAUGGCUGUUAAGUAACCCCAUGAGCUUGCGUGGUUCAAAGAUCAUGUGCCGAUUCAUGGAUGACAUUGUCGGACACAAGUUUGAGCAGAAGAGAGGGCAUGUGGCUUCAGCAGUGGAAUGCUACAUGAAACACCACGGUGCCACAGAGCAAGAGACAGAGAGGAAACUUCGGAAGAUGAUGGAUGAUGCAUGGAAGGACAUCAACGAUGAAUGCCUGCAGCCGACCCCAGUCCCCAUGCCGCUUCUCACACGAAUUGUCAACCUUACGUGUGUGAUUGAGGUGCUCUAUAAGGGUGAAGAUCAAUACACCAACUCGCAAACUGACACGAAGGACUAUGUGACUGCUUUACUCGUCCAUCCGAUUCAGCUCUAAAUUACAAUCAAUUAAGCAUUGGCUUAAUCCCGAGACGGGACUGGUCUAUCUAUAGCUACAUGAAUUUGAUUGAGUGAAGUGUCUGUCUUUUUCCCCUUAAAGAUCUUGCGUAUUGUAGUAUAACAUAAUUAAGGCCGUGUGUGGUUACCCCAAAAAAAUAAUAAUAAUUAAGGCAGUGUGAUGCGUAUGUAUUUUUGUUGGAUAUGAA